UUCUGGGUGCUGUGAGGGAGCUCAGGCAAACUCAAAACAUCAGACAUGCUAAGUGCAGGGUCAUCUCUCAUAAAGGGGAGGAACAAGAAGCUCAAAACUGCAGACAUGGGUAUAGUCACCUAUGAAGAUGUGCACGUGAACUUCACUCAGGAAGAGUGGGCUUUGCUUGAUCCUUCUCAGAAGAGUCUCUACAAAGAUGUGAUGCUAGAGACCUAUAGGAAUCUUACUGCUAUAGGCUAUGUUUGGGAAGACCAUAAUAUUGAAGAACACAUUCAAAGUUCUAAAAGAUAUGAAAGGUAA